AUGAAGCGUCCAAGUGAGCUGCUCGACGUCGGCGACGCUGGCGCCGAGCCCACCAGCACCAAGAAGCAGCACGUCGCCACCGAGCCCGAGCGGCCUGCACCUCCCUUAGAUCAGGACGCCAUUGCCUCGUUCGUCCGCGAUGGAUUCGUGCUGCUGCCCGGCGCGUUCCCGCAGGCCACGGCCGAGAAGUGUCGAGAGUUGAUCUGGUCACGGUUGGGUCAGGACGGGAUCACGAAAGACUCGGGCACGUGGGUCGAGCGGCACGGCAUCCCAGAACUCUACACUUCGGAGGACGACCCUGAGUGGGUCCAAGUGGUGACCCCGAAGCUGACGCGCGCGAUGGAUCAACUCUGCGGCGACGGUCGGUGGGAGGACUUUGGGCUCGGGUGGUGGAUGGUCACGUUCCCGGAGCAGGCAGAGCCGCCCUGGGGGGCUGCGGGCAAGUGGCACGUGGACGGCGCGUCGUACCAGCACCACGUGGACAGCCAAGAGUCCGGGCUGCUGCUGAUCUUUCUCUUCUCCGACAUCGGACCGGGCGAGGGGGGCACGGCGCUGUCCGUGGGCUCGCACAAGUGGGUCGCGCGGCUGCUGGAGAAGAACGAGCCGCGUGGGAUGAAGGGCGGCGCCGUGAGCUACCAGGCCAGGCAGUUCCGGCGUCGGGAGGUGGUCGAGGUGAACGGCAAGGCGGGCGACGUGAUGCUGGUGCACCCGUUCCUGCUGCACGCACGCAGCAAGAACUUGGGCCAGAAGGGGGUCGAGUCGGUGCGGAUCAUGUGCAACCCGAACGUGCGGCUGCAUCACAGGAUGAACUUGGACAGAGCUGACGGGGACUACAGCCCAGUGGAGCAAGCCAUCGUGGAUGCGUUGCAUGAACCAGUGGAGGAUACCAAUUAG